AUGUUUGACCGAAGUCCAAACCUUUUGAUCGGUAUUUCCGUCUACUUCCUAACCCAAAUUAAUGCCGGUGACAGCCUAUCUCGGCGGAUACCUAUAGGAGACAAAAUUUUGAAUUUAGAGGCUGAUGAGGCUGCUGUUCCUCUUCUGAAGAGUUUUUCCAGGGGAAGAGGGGACGGGACGGCUUCGGUGAUGAAGCAAAGAAAGAACCUUUCUGCUGAUUUCAACUCUGCAGCUGUAAGGAAUGGGACCCCAAAUAACAAUUGUUCCAAUGAUGAUUAUGAUGACAUCGAAGAAAGAGUCCACCUCUCAAACUCAAAAUCUUCGCUGCAGAAUGUGUUCUGGUUUUGUUUGGUUUUCAGAAUGAUCAAUGCCUUACUGGUGCAAACAUAUUUCAACCCAGAUGAGCAUUGGCAAGCUCUUGAAGUAGCUCAUAGGAUCACUUUCGGGUAUGGUCAUUUGACCUGGGAAUGGAAAAGAGGAAUAAGAAGCUACCUGCAUCCAGCAAUUUUUGCCCUGCUUUAUAAAGUUCUAGCCAUUUUUCAUCUCGAUACCCCGUUGUUCAUGGUGAAAGCUCCUCGAUUACUGCAAUCUAUAUUUUCUGCAUUUGGCGACCUUUACUCGUACAAGCUGUCCAAGAUUGUUUUUGGUGAAUAUGUUGCAAAGUGGGCAACCGUUCUUACUUUAGCUAGCCUUUAUUACUGGCCAUGCAUUAGAGGUUCAUCUACUGAAAGUACUGUGACAUCAAGGAGCUGGGCAUUGGCUUUAGCAGCGUUAGCGUGUGCCCUUCGGCCUACAAGUGCUAUUAUAUGGCUUUAUGUUGGCGUUUUGGAACUUCUUUCGACACGCCAUAGAGUAAAGCUUAUUUUUUGUGAGGCAGUGCCUAUUGGGGCUUUGGUGCUUGGCCUCACUCUUCUGUUGGAUCGUCUGAUGUACGGCUCUUGGGUUUUUGUUCCUCUGAAUUUUCUUAUGUUUAAUUUCCUUUCCUCUGGGGGAGACUACUAUGGAACUCAUCCAUGGCACUGGUACUUCACUCAGGGAUUUACAGUCAUGCUUUUGACUUUCCUACCAUUUAUGGUAGCUGGUAUUGUCAUGUCGAAGAAAUGGAAGUUAUCUGGACUUAUUGCAUGGGUAUUAGGAAUCUACAGUAUACUUGGUCACAAAGAGUUCAGGUUCGUCCUGCCUGUGCUUCCAAUAGCCUUGAUGUUCUCAGGGUACACCCUAACCAAACUAGGACGGAUUGGUCACUUAAAUGGCCGGAGGAAAACUCCUAGGACCAGCUCCCCCUUAAAGAAACAAGUGGCAGUGGCGUUUAUUCUUGCUACCAACAUUCCAAUGGCUCUUUACAUGAGUAUGGUUCAUCAGCGAGGAACAGAGGAUGUCAUGUACUAUCUGGCAAACAGGGCUGUUGAGGGAAAAGUGAAAAGCAUUCUUUUUCUCACACCUUGCCAUGCUACGCCUUACUACUCAACCCUACAUCACAAGAUACCUAUGCGUUUCUUAGAUUGUACUCCAAGUGAGGAAAAGGGAAUGUUGGAUGAGUCAGACAAGUUUCUUAUGGAUCCAGUUGGUUUCACUACAGAACUCGCAAAGAAUUGGUCAAUGCCCAGUCACAUCGUGGUGUUUGAUACUCAGGAGAAGUUACUGAGGGACUUUCUUGUUUCACAUAAUUUUCAUGAGGUGAAAAGAUUCUUCCAUGCUCAUUUCAAGGUCGACCGGGAGCUUCAAGCAUCAAUUGUGCUGUAUGCUUUAAAGGGUCAGUGA